AUGUCUUCAAACACGCCGACCUACGUGCCGUCGCCCAACUGGGACAUUCCCGCAGACUCCGACAUAGUUGUUCUUGGGCGGCUGAUCAAAGACCCCAAGAACCCUCAGAGCAGAAUUCCCAAGAGCAGCGCUGAUCCCAUUCCGCCACCCAAGGUCUAUGAGGGGGAGAAGACCGACUGGCAGACUACCUUGGAGAAGCUACGCUCUGGCAGUAUUGGUAUCUGGGCAAAAUGCCUCCAACUUGUCCAAGGGGGCUUGAACUUCGGCCAGCUCAAAGAAUCAAUGGAGGACCACAAGUUUGCUAGUCUGGAGACCAAGUACUUCGUCCCAGAUGACGACUACCUUGCCAAAGUACUCGAGGAUGUCGGAGUUCGAGCUUAUCUUUUCGUGCACCACUGGCGAAAACCAAUUUAUCUGAUCACCGGCAUCAAGAUUGCGAGGGGAGCUAGCGUCGCCACUACAAGCAGCACCGAGACGUCAGCGCGUGCUGACAUUAAGGUGGAUGGGACGAGUACGGGUGCGCCUGUGGAUGUAGGACAUGAGGCGACUUGGGAGUCCAAGAACAUGAGAGGCAUCUCGUACGGCGGUUCGACUGAUUAUAUCUUCGCCUACCAACUGCUGAAGAUGAAACCCAAAAAGGGUGCGGGGACCUCCUCGAACAGCACUUUUGUCAAAGGCGCGGUAUUUGAGAAGGGGGAGAUUGAUGAAGUAGAGACAAACAUUCGGGACAUGUUUGAUGUCGAGGAAAUCGAUGGAAGUCUAGGAUUUGCGGACACGUGGGAGAAUGUUGAGUAA